GAGAUCCAGAGUCUUCCAUACUGGCACUGAUUUUCUCCUAUCUGUUCUCUCUUGAGACUGUUCACGUGUUCCCUUCCUUCUCGACCAUACUGGAGCUCAGAGAUCUCAGCUUUCUAUCUUUCCUCCCAGCCCCAGGACAUUGCUGUUCUACAGGAUGAAGCUUACGUCUUACUUCCUUCUCAUUCUCAUCCUCCUUCUCCAGCUGAUGAUCCCAAGGUAUGCUCAGUGUUCCUUGGACUCCAUCGUGGACACAAAGAUAAAGGAAGCUCUCACUGGCUUAGAAAUAAAUCCUGCCCCAGCAAAGUAGAUUUCAUGUACCAGUAUCUUUAGCUCAGGCAAACUGUCUUCCUGCCCUGCAGGAAUGGUUGUCACCAGCUGUGCUUGUGGCUAUGGCUGUGGUUCCUGGGAUAUCCAGGGAGAAACCACAUGCCACUGCCAGUGCAGCACUAUAGACUGGACCACUUCCCGCUGCUGCCACCUGACCUGAGGGGGAGGAGGAUGAGAACCCAACUGUGUGACCAUCACAGUAAUGAAACUACACAUCAAACAGGAAACCUGACUCAAACUGUCCCUUGCAUUUGUUACAGCCUGCUUCUUGGGUAGUAAAGACAACUCUUUGCAUCUCUCUGUGUUUGUAUUUUUGAUAUUACUGCCCUGGGCUUAGAAUUCCUCUAGCCAGAAAAUUUCUCCAGGGUCCCAAUUACUCCAUCUCAGCAAGGAUUAGUAAAAAUAUGGGGAGACUGGGAAAUUUGAGAUUAAUAUUCCAGCCUCCUAGUUCCCUCAUUGUUUAACAAAAGGACAAUGAUUAUGCCAGACAUUUUGCUUGGCACAGAGAAAGUAAAUAGCAUGCAUGCUCCUAUGAGGCUCACUGAAUAGAAGAGUGGGUUCCAAACUAAGUGCAAGCAGAUUUUCCAAGGUGGAGGCAGGUAAGAAUGGUUUUAAAAGAAUAAAUUUCUAGAUUUCUGGCUUGUGUAUAUACUGUUUCCUAAACUUAUGUGUCAGAGAUCUAUUUUGAUCAAAGUGAUGAAUUUGCCAUUGUCUUUCUCCCCCAUAACAAAACAAAAAUACAGCAUUUAUCUGCCAUUGAACCUUACCAUAAUUCAUCAUCCUGGGAUAUAAAUAUCUGCAGAAUGGAAUGGUCCAAAAUACUGGCACCAAUGUUGAGUGAUCCAGUGACUGGGUAACAAGUCCUUUCACAAGUUGCAGGACUUUCACUGUUUGACACAAUAUUGAAAGAGGGUAUCAUCCAGUUAUCGAUUGGUAGACCACCAAAAAUAAUUUUAAUAAUAAGCUUCAGUAUGACUUUUAACAAGUAACUCAAAAGGAAUUCAAACAAAUUGAAUAUUACUACAAUAAAAAUUUUCCCUUCCUACAUACUUAAUUA